AUGGAGCCCAGAAUUGCGAACAAGUUUAGGCUAGGGAGAAAAAUCGGUAGCGGUUCUUUCGGCGAGAUCUAUCUCGGAACGAACGUCCAGACAAAUGAAGAAGUCGGCAUAAAGCUGGAAUCGACCAAGACGAAGCAUCCUCAGCUACUCUACGAGUCAAAGCUGUACAGGAUUCUUCAAGGAGGAACCGGCAUCCCGAACAUCCGGUGGUUCGGCGUGGAGGGGGACUACAAUGUCAUGGUCAUCGACCUGCUCGGGCCCAGUCUCGAGGACCUUUUCAACUUCUGCGCCAGGAAGUUCUCGCUCAAGACCGUGCUCAUGCUCGCAGAUCAGCUGAUCAAUCGAGUGGAGUACGUGCACUCGAAGAGCUUCCUGCAUCGCGACAUCAAGCCGGACAAUUUCCUCAUGGGGUUGGGCAGGCGCGCCAACCAGGUGUACAUCAUCGACUUCGGGCUCGCCAAGAAGUACCGCGACCCCACCACGCACCAGCACAUCCCCUACAGAGAGAACAAGAACCUGACGGGCACGGCUCGUUACGCCAGCAUCAACACACAUCUCGGCAUCGAGCAAAGCCGGAGGGACGACUUGGAGUCGUUGGGCUAUGUGCUCAUGUACUUCCUUCGAGGAAGCUUGCCAUGGCAGGGUCUGAAGGCGGGUACCAAGAAGCAGAAGUACGAGAAGAUCAGCGAGAAGAAAAUGUCAACCCCCAUCGAGGUGCUCUGCAAGGGCUACCCCACGGAGCUCGCCUCCUACUUCCACUACUGCCGCUCGCUGCGCUUCGAUGACAAGCCCGACUAUGCGUACCUCAAACGCCUCUUCCGCGACCUCUUCAUUCGCGAAGGGUUCCAGUUCGACUACGUGUUUGACUGGACCAUCCUCAAGUACCAGCAGUCCCAAGCCUCCGUCGCCCCAGCCCGCAUGAUGGGUGCAAAUGCGGCAACAGCAGCGCCAUCACCAGCUGCCAAUGCACCAGACGCGGACUUGGCUCGCCGCAGGUCGCCCAUGGAGAGCCCCCGGCACCGGAGUCCCAUGCCGCAUGCUGACGAGGAGGCGGAGGCGGAGCGCCAUGCAUACACGCGGACGGGCAGCGGGUCAGGGGCGCGCAGAGCGCCUGCUGCUGGCGGGAUGGCGCCCGCACAGGCAGCAGCGGGGGCAGGGGGCGUGCGGGGGAGCACACCGGACGCGCUGGAUAGCAAGCGAGGGCUGGGACUGACUAACGCGCUGUCAGGGAUUCGCUCGGGGUCGCGCGUUCGCACUGGUCAGGGAAGCGGGCACGUGUGGCAGUGGUAG